GAGUUAUCUUUCUGAGCCCUAUCUGGCCCUAUCGCUCACCUCGCUCGACGCUCAACUGCGCACCGGCACUUGCACCAGCACAACGACAAAAUACCGGCACAACGAUGUAGCAAGCCUAAAAAGCAGGGGUGACAUGUAGGAUGGGAGUACACUAACAUCGUAACUGUCGAACCGCAUUCGUGAAUUUCAGCUGACCGAAAAGGUAUGCCUGAAAACGGAUUUACUGAACCUCGAACUCACUUUAUGGCUGAAGUGAUUAAAUUAAUUUUUAUAUCCUAUUUUUAUAUCCUAAAUGGCUGUGCUCGCUGACUUCAUUUCACAAAUAGAGCUUACCAACAAUAUAAUCCAUCUUUUCCGAGAUGUCCGACAUUGUAGCUGAAUCUGCCGGGGAUACAGAUGGAGAAACUGAUCCCAAUGCUGCAACCACUCCGCAGAAAUCUGGUGAAAAUGCAGCUUCUUCAGAAAAUGCAGGUGAUACUGCAAAAACCGUGGCUGAAGAAACAGACCCAGCGACAACGGAAGCCGAAUCAGAGGAGCCAAAGAAGGAAACCAUUGCAUCUGGCCAGGAAGGAGAUAACCUCGAAACGUUUAUUGACGACAAACCAAUAGGAAAUGAUGAUCCAAACAAAUCAGCGGAAGAGAAUCAGCAGACACCCACUGAGAGUGCCGGCGAGCAGGCUGCUCCAUCAGUUGAGAACACGGAACCAGCUGAAAACGUACAAACUUCUGAGGAACAGUCGAUGGUAGCAGCAGAAGCGGGAGCGACCGAGGCGUCUCCAAACGAUGAUUCUUCGAAACACGAGCCCGUCCCAAGUAACGAUGAAACGAAAGAAGAGAUCCCUCCGAACACGGAAGUUGCACUUCAAGAGACCGCAGACGUAAAGCCAGAAGAAGAAAACGACAUAAAAAGCGAGCAAAAGCAAUCCGUCGCUGACUCUCACUAUGUGCAGGACACAGCUAAAGAAAGCAUAAUAAAUGCAGAAGAUAUAGGAGGUGUCUCGGAUGCUCCAAUGGAAGAUUCUUCGAUUCAAGAUACCACUGACGUUCCAGAUCAAACCGAUGAAAAGCUUCAAGAACUGGAAGAACUCGUGAAGAAGGCCUCCGAGGGCUUGAGCCAAAAGAAGUCGAAGACCGAAAACGCGAGUCUGACAAAACGUAUCUAUGAAGACCAAAUCAAAACAGGGAAGCUGAAUCGUCUGACGAGCGUGGUAGAAGACGAAGACGGCACCAAACGGCUCGUGAAUCCUGGCUCGGUGCCGCAUUGGAAUACCAUCAGCAUCAGCUUGGCUGGAAAGCGUCCAAUGUCCAGCGAGAGGUGCAGAAAGGGAGAGCACAACUGUUUCGAGUCGGCAGCGUCUCGGAGGGAGAGGGUGCUCUCGGCCAACCUCGCCCAGGGCCUCUACCCGGAUUUCAUGAAACUCAACCCCAAGCUGAACGAGUUCGUCGCCGCCUCGAUCCUGGAGAAGCUGCGACUGAAGGGUCUGGCGGCGCCGCUCCACCUCUACAAGGGGCGCUACCUGCCCUCCGACGUCCUAGCCGACAUGGUGCUGAAGCCGAAGAAGAAGAAGGUAACGGACCGCUACUAUUUCGGCUACGUCCCGCCGCCGAACCGGCCGCGAAUCAGCGCUGAGUUCCGGCGGUACCUGCAGCAGUUCAGUGAGCGGCACAGGGCGGAGGAGAGUGACAUGUGCUACAGCUACGCGAUGAAGAAGGUGCGCAGACUGGCGGCAGAGAGCGCCGGCCAACACCUGUCGCUUCCUCAGACUCUGGCCGAGGUGGUCAGGGCACAGGAGGAGCCGGGAUUCGGGGUGAAGAGACUCCGUCGGCCGCACACCGCCGUCAUCUGAGUAGGUGGCAGCACCAGCGCCUAGGCAGAGGGCGCUGCAGGCAACCGGUGGCCACUGCCGAGGAUGAGAGCACGGAAGCUGAGAAUGUCGAAUGCCGACCACUUACACCUCGCUUGUUUUGGUUAAUUGACUCAUCACAAUUGUUUCAAGUUGGUUUUGAGUAGCUACGUG